GUUCGUUAGUGAUAAGAUGUUUCAAAGAGGGCAGAGGAUAAUUUCCAGCGACACAUUUUCACCGUUGCAUUUAGUACCCGAGGUUUGGACGACACACAAUGUCGGGAACCUACAGCACCCGGCUCUCAAGUUUCACCCGCAACAAGAAAAAAGGUGUUGACAAUCCUGCUUUUGAAAUACAGGAAGACAAUGGUGAUGGUGAUGGCAGCAACAGAAAGGAGACGAAUAAAACGAAACUAAAAUCAUAUUUAAGCCAAGUUUCCAAACCGAUUAAUGUCACAGAGAAUUACAUCAAAGCUCAUGCAAAACCCAUCAAAUACAUCGUGCUGGGUAUCCUCGGAGCAGGAUAUGUGGCGUACUUCAUUGCAGCCUGUGUGCUGGAUUUCCAAAGGGCCAUCGCUCUUGUGGUUCUUACCAGCUUGGUUGUUGCCUCAAAAUUGUAUGAGCUGGUGAAGGAGUACAAGGGAGAAAGCAUUAAACAGUGUUUCAAACCUGUUGGAAAAUGCUUUGAAUCAAACCGUACAUGGAUGAAAUGGGUUUUCAUCGUUGUGGUUUUGGUCCUCUUUGUCACAUGGAUUAUUGUGGAUACAAGCAAACGUCCUGAGCAGCUCAUCUCAUUUGGAGGCGUGUGCAUGUUCAUCAUCUUUCUUUUCCUCUUCUCAGCACACAGAACAGCUGUGUCAUGGAGGCCUGUCUUUUGGGGUUUCGGGAUACAGUUCUGUGUUGGCCUUUUUGUUCUAAGAACAGAACCUGGAUUUAUAGCCUUCGAUUGGCUUGGGAAACAAGUGCAGAUAUUCCUCGACUAUACCAAAGCUGGGUCACAGUUUGUUUUUGGGGACUUGAGUGCAAGCAUAUUUGCAUUUGAAGUUUUGCCUAUUGUUAUCUUCUUCAGUAGUGUGAUGUCAGUGCUUUACUUUUUGGGGCUAAUGCAGUUUCUCAUUCUGAAGAUCUCCUGGCUAAUGCAGAUAACAUUGGGAACAUCUUCCACAGAGACCUUGAGUGUUGCAGGCAAUAUAUUUAUUGGGCAGACUGAAGCUCCUUUGCUGAUCCGCCCCUAUCUGAAAGACAUGACCAAAUCUGAGAUCCAUGCUGUCAUGACUGGUGGAUUUGCAACAAUUGCGGGGAGUGUCAUGGGGGCCUUCAUCUCAUUUGGGAUUGAUGCAUCUUCCUUGAUAUCAGCCUCUGUGAUGGCUGCUCCUUGUGCUUUGGCCAUCUCCAAACUGUCCUACCCGGAGACAGAGGAGAGUGUCUUCAAGUCAGGCAAGAAUAUUAAAGUUGCUUGUGGCGAUGAACGUAACAUUUUGGAGGCUGCCAGCAGUGGCGCAUCAGUUGCAGUCGGACUUGCUGCUAACAUUGCUGCAAACCUGAUUGCUUUUCUUGCCAUCCUCGAGUUCAUAAAUAGCGCUUUGGGUUGGCUCGGAGGUAUGGUGGGGUAUCCUUCAAUCACAUUCCAGCUGAUAUGCUCUUAUGUGUUCAUGCCUGUGGCUUUCAUGAUGGGGAUACCAUAUGACGAGUCUUUCACUGUGGCCGAGCUCAUUGGCAUCAAGAUGUUCCUCAAUGAGUUUGUAGCUUAUGAGAAAUUAUCUCAGUUGAAGCAAAACAGACUCAGUGGGCUUGAUCAAGUUAUUGGAGAUGAAAGGCAGUGGAUCUCUGUACGAUCAGAAACAAUCAGCACUUUUGCUCUUUGUGGCUUUGCUAACUUCAGUUCAUUGGGUAUCGUCAUUGGAGGCCUCUCCUCCAUAUGUCCUGAAAGAAAACGUGAUGUGGCGUCCUUAGUAUUCAGAGCUAUGAUUACUGGGACCUGUGUGUCUCUUGUCAAUGCUUGCAUUGCGGGAAUUCUCUUUGUUCCUCUACUUGAUUGUGUGAAGGUGUUCAGGGCCACAUCUGCUUUCAACAUGACAGAUGCCAGUAUUAAUUCCUGCUGCAAAGACCUCUUUAAAUGGACCGUAAAGAACAGAACCGUCUCAUUCGCAGGACCAUGGAGCUCAGUGGCAAAUGUCACUGUGUUUUUUUCUAAAUGUUGUCAAUGCUGUGGUUUUUCUGGUGUGGAAGUGUGUAGUUAGUGCAACCCUUAGAACCUUUGGGGAAAAAUGUAAAUGCACAAUGUACCCAUAUACCCUGGAAAACACAACCUAAUUAAAUUUUCUUCAAUUCAUAAUAAUGGAUUAUAUUUGCACAAAUUAAGUUAACCAGUUGGCAUCAAUGCUACUUUGGAUUGAAGUAACUUAUUUGAACGUUAUACCAAUUGACACACUUUAUUAAGUUGGUACACUCUCCUUUUUUAUUAAUAAUUUUUUGGGUUUUGUAUUAUGUUGUAAAUUAAAAUCUAAUUUACAAGUCUUUUGCUUUUAUUCAAAGCCAAGUGUCAUGCCCGGCCCUGGUCUAGGCUUCAAUCCUUAUUUUGCCUCUCCUUUUGGCUCACCUCCUGCCCCAGCUUUAAUGUAUCAGUUGCUUGUUUACAUCAUGUGUUUAUUCUUUGUUCUAGUUUUACUUUGUUACUUUUCAUACUUGAGCCAUUGUCCAGUUCCAUUCUAGU